AUGGAGUCCUUACAGAUCUACCUUAUUUGGUCUGUGUAUGGCGUUGCAAUCGCAAUUCUGAUUGCGGUUGCCUCAACGUUUAUAUGUGCUUAUCAGACCCCAAGAGAUCGGUCCCCUUCUGUGACAUUGAUUUGCAUAAUUUCCAUCACUGUUCUUCUUGCAACUGUCUUACUUUUGCCAGUAGACAUUGCCUUGGUCUCAUCAAUUACAUCAUCUGCUCUUGGCCGGCGGAAAAGUUGGGCUACUCAAGCUGAGGUUGACAAGAUCACCUUUUCAUUAACUAUUGUGUAUUACUCACUGUAUACCGUGGAUGCUCUCCUGUGUCUCAUCGGAAUACCUUUCACAUAUUUCUGGUACGAGGAAUACGACGAAGUAGCUGCCGAGGCAGGCCAGCAGACUGCUGGCCAACGGUUUUGGGCUGCUUUUAAGUACACGUUGUUUUUUGUUGCCAUACUAAUUGUCUUAUUUUUGGUUGGGUUUUUCAUCCCUACCUCGAGAAAUCUAGCCGGUCAUGAUUCGGAUUUCUUGAGACGGCUGUUUACCGAAGAUCGAGGUCAACAUGCUCUAACUUUCUCGGUCGGUAUAUUAACAACUCUUGGUUUGAGCCUUUAUAUCAUAUACACGUCCUCGGGACUGGCAAGGCUCCCUGUUCUCCUUAUGAAGACAGCUCCGUCCUUCUCCAGCCCAUCCUUAAUUGCUUCUACGGCCAUGCAAUUGGAUUCUAAUCGAGAACGUCAGCGGCAAUUAGACGGGCGCUGUGGGGGGGAUACUGCUCUCCUAUCCUCCAAAGACCGGCGGGAAUUAGACUCUCUAGUAAGGGAAGAGAGAACCCUUACACGUCGACAGCGCCUAGCUGAAGGAGCUCAAGAAGAGCGAAGAAGCUGGCCGAUUAAGGUGUACCACAAGAUGGAAGCUGUUCUUCAUCCGUUUAAGCUUCUGGCUGGCUUCGUUCUACUCCUGGCUGCACUCUUCCUAUGGACAUCGUUAUGUGUGACAGCAAUCGAUAAACUGAUGAAUUCGCCUUGCAAACACCGUUGCGGAUACAUACUUGAGCGUGUUAAUAUCUUCAACCCUGUCAAUUGGGUGUUGAUUCAAUCAUCUCGAGUAUUCCCAGUGGACUAUGUCAUAUUCACACUAAUCGUUUUGUUUCUCUUCUGCAGCUCGGUCGUUGGCAUUGCUGCAUUUGGUAUUCGAUUUCUUUGGAUCCAAAUCUUUUCAAUACGGAAGGGCCGUACCUCGCCCCAGGCUCUUCUUCUACUGACAUCAAUGCUGAUGCUGAUCACAUUGGCCUUGAACUACUCGGUGGCUGUGAUUCUCGCGCCUCAGUACGCGACUUUUGGGCCGCAAACUUUCUGUGACAUGCCACCAGUGUCUUCUGGGCCGCAACCUGAUUGUUCUAGAGCUAGAAAUCUCAUUAAGUCAUGCUCUGAAAAAGCAGAAAAUAUAGGCGCGAAUGGCCUUUGCACACCAAGCGUUGCAAGUACUCUCCUCAAUCAAAUGACGUCAAAUUUUCCAUUUUUUGGUGCUGUUUUUUUCUGGGCACAAUUCAUUUUUCUUGGUCUAUACCUUCUAGUCCUCGUGGUCUCGGUCACUCGCUCACCCAGACUUGACGAGCAUCAGUUGGACGAGGACGCGGAAGAGGCCGAGGAAGAACGCCUACUGGCAAGGACUGGUAGACGUAUCAAUACCGCUUAG